AUGGCAACAACAGAGCCACCACAACAGCCAUCUCAAUCACCCCAUGACCGAACAGCAGAUCGACCGGGUCGCCGCCGACCAUUCUCGGCAUGGAUGAAGAAACUGGCCAACUUCAAAGGCAAUCAUACUGCAGAUGGUGCUCAGCCAGCGGGCACGAAGCGCAACACGUACCAGAUGAAGUCGAAUGCGAAGAAGCAAUCCCCAUCGAAGCAAAACAACCCAUACCCCCAGUCAGGCCACUUGAAUGGGCAGUCUGCGCUGCCGAAUGGUCGCAACUCUUUCUCAACCGGCCCUACAGGAAACAACAUGAGCAAUUCGUCCUUGAACCGCAGCAGACAUUCGGUCAGGUCUUCACAGGACGGUGUCCCUCCUCCGACGAUCGGUAACAAGUCAACGGCCCCUACUUUGUCUACGGAACCAGACGUGGCACAUUCUGACGUGGCGGCUUCGCACGCUCCAUCGUCUGGCCAGGCUACGAAUACUACAGUGGGUUGUGGAGUUAGUUCCGGUCGAGGUCCAGAUAGCACAUUCUCGUCCCCAGCACCUUCGGUACGAUCGCUUACAACCACCCUCACAACCAUUCAUUCAGCUGCGGCUCCUACUGCUCCCCCGUCGAAUAACGCAACGAACGCGACUAAUGGACAAGCAAUUCAAUUUUCCCACCAAUAUCCUACUUCGCCCCCUCCAACGGCGCUUCCAGCGCACCUGGCACCUGUAGCAAGUGGAGGGCAUCCAGCAACGUACAGUAUGGCCACUGCAAACAGUCUGUUGACGGAUAAUGCUUCGAUUCUCACCCUAGCAUCAUCCUCGAAGAGAAGGAGACGACGUUCUAUGGAUACAGAUGCUUCAGUACGUGCGCUUGCUCCCUCAUCCUUGUUCGGAGGUAGUAGAGAGAGUCUUCCACUCAGUGUGUUGAGUUCGAAUAUCGAACAAACUAAUGCCACGUCGGUGGCACAUCAACCAUGGACAAAUGUCGGCUUGAAUGAGAGAGCCAGUAUCUAUUCUGCAACCGGUGUUGCACCAGCUCUACCCAGUGAACGGAACAGCUACUACGCAGGAAAACAAUCAAUUGCGGCGGAUGGAGGAAGUAUCAAGAGUGGACUUCUUGGCCAUGGCAGAAAUGAUAGUAUAAGUGGGAGUAUUGGUGGAGCAGUGCCACCGGGCAGUCCACUGGCAGGUCCGCCAGAUGUCAUGGGGCCUAAUUCGGGUCGACUAAGCCGCAAGAAUUCUGGAUGGGAGAAUGGCGAAGCCGAGAAAGGUGAUGAACCUGAACCCGAACCCGAAGACUUAGGAAAGGGGGGCGACAAAGCAUAA